CACCAAAAUACAUCUUCUUAAAUGUCAUCUCAUUAUCUUGAGAGCGCUAAUUGUGUGCGAAGCGGAAUUUGAAAUGAUCAGAUAAAUGGCACUAUUACGGUCAAGUGGCAAUGUCCUACAGAGAUGCUAGACGCUUGAAACGGAAAGGUGACUAUGGCAUAUGGCACCAGCCUCCGAGUCUAUUCCAAAAUGAAAGACUCGCCGAAAAUCUGCAAACUUAAACAGUUGUAAUAUCUAAAUAAGGAACGUAUUAUCAAGCGUGCGGGAGAAAUCAGACCAUGACGCUGUUUUGAGUAACUUCUCCUUGAUCCUCAGAACUGUGCAAAGACUUCGAGACGGUUUCACAAGCACGUGGAAUUUCUUUAUCUCUCCUUUGGCAGUUCCAAGCGGACAAACUCGGUAAGAGAUAUGCUUAGAUCGAUAUAUUUUCGCAGAUGCAGCAAAAUAAGACGAUGCAGAAAAGGUUCAGACGGCUAUGAACGAACAUCAAACGGCCUCGGACUGUCUCCGUGAGCACUUUUGAUCGAAUGUGGCAGGGGGAAUGAACUCUCCACUGAUUGAUCUGCGAAACAAAAAAAGAUGCAUUUGCCAUUGCGUGAAGACUCAAGAGCCACAAGGAGCUGCUUGAUCGAAAGCUUUACGACAGCUGGUGCAGGAUGUAUGGCGUUCCCAUCACAUGCAUCUGCCUCUAAGCUGCUGUGACAGGACAUGUGGGGCUGGCGCCAGAUGCAAAGCAUCUAUUAUCGUCGAAAGACGUUGCCCAGCUUUGACCAUGGUGAUACCAGACAUGCCUAGCAGAUGGUGAUCUGGUAAAUACGUGAAACUUCGAGUACCGCAUUUUAUGAACCAGGGUAAGAAGGGACAGCUCGUUGGUAAGCACACCACGCCAGAUAUUGAUGCUUUCGUGCAACAACAAACGUGAUGUAAAAUCCAGGUGCUCAAGAGACAACUUCUGCACCUGGCUGUUGGUGUUCCGAAGAUAUUUUGGGCUGUGCUGUACUCUACUCUGUAGCAUCUGGACUUUACCUUAUCGUGGAUGAGACAGCAACCCUGGCGACGAUCAGCGAGAUCCCGGGGAGGAGUGGAGCUCCGCGUUCCAGAUGCAACGCAUACCUAUCGCGCAUGUUCCAUGAAGAGCGAGCGUGUUUGCAUGAUCGCCUGUCACGAUGGAAUUCUGCCCAUCAAGAUCAAGAUCAAGAUCAACAUCAACAUCAACAUCAACAUCAACAUCAACAUCAACAUCAACAUCAACAUCAACAUCAACAUCAACAUCAACAUCAACAUCAACAUCAACAUCAACAUCAACAUCAACAUCAACAUCAACAUCAACAUCAACAUCAACAUCAACAUCAACAUCAACAUCAACAUCUCGUCCCAGCAGCUGCAGACAUGGUGUAUAUCGGAAACGUGGACUGGCGCCAAGAACUGCCUGAACAUGGACGGGGAAGAUGAUAAGCUUCAAUAGAUGCAGCCUAGCCCGUCUGCCCGUCUUGGUCUUGGAAAUAGGGUGCCUCUUCGUACAGUAUGUGAGGCGCUCCUGUCCACCAGCUUCAAUGCCGUGUCGCAAACUCGUGUGUGGAAUAAUGGGAGGAUUGAGAUGUAUGCCUUUUCCUUUUCCUUUUCCUUUUCCUUUUGCUCUUCCUGUUCCUAUUCCUUGCGCCUCUCGGUGCGGGAAUCGGAAGUUUGCAUGGCGGGCGCCAUGUCUUUCGGAUCACCACGUUUCCGUGUCUUGUUGUCUUGUGUCUUGUGUGUCUUGUGUGUUGUGGUCUUUGUGACUGCCGCAAAACCAUUCCAUUCCAUUCCAUUCCAUUUCCAAAUAAACGCCCGCUGGCUUGGGAAGCCUGGCUCCUGGCUCCUGGCUCCUGGCUCCUGGCUC